AUGGAUGCUUCUGAUAACCCUACCGAUGGAGCAGCUGCUGGUAAUCCACCAAAGAGACGACGGAUUGUCCAGAAUCAGAGUCACAGGAGCAACAAUGCCUGCCGUCGGUGCAAAGUCAAGAAGGCAAAUUACACUGCUGCUCUCGAGGAGCGCGUUGCCUUUCUUGAGGGGCAAUUGGCAGAGCGAGACGCGAACAUGACCCAAACGCACCCUCAGCCCGCUCCAAACUCUGCUGCCGUCAACUCUCCUCAUUUGCAAGCCCCAUUUCAGAGCCCAGCUAACACGAUCAAUGGACAUGACUUUAACGCUCCGAUGCCUUGCGCCGUGUCAGUCGCAAGCAACGUCCAGCAAAGCCCUGAAAAACUUGAGCUGCGUAGUAGCAACCAAGCAACCGUCACUGUAUUUACGCUGCUCGAAGCUGGCUCUCAGGAUCGGAGAAACAACUUGCCUGAGCUUCCAUCGCCAGAGAUUGCUGAUGCUCUCUUCGAAUCGGCGUAUCUCUACACACAGGCUCGAUAUUGUAUCGUCGAUUGGGCCAUCGUUAAACAGUGGCACAAUGAUCGAGUUGAAAUCUGCUCGGGUGCACAGUUUGGCCAAGGACCAAGCAAGAUUGGCGCUUUCUUCCUCUGGAUUGUCUACGCAAUAGGUGCAAGGCUGAUUCCAACCACGAAGCACCUAUCCUCGAGAUAUUACGACUAUGCCCUUACGUAUCUGCGGGUAGUCCAUGAUGCGGAUAACCUCCUUACUGUACAAGGUCUCCUUGCGCUGAUUCAAUACCAUUGUCGAGCCACAUGUGGCCCUUCUCCAUGGCAUCUUGCGGGUGUGACUUUACGUAUAUGCAUCGAGAAGGGCUAUCACCGCCAGGCGUCCGAUCCUACCCUCACUGAAUAUGAGAAGGAAGCAAGAAAACGGACAUUCUGGUGCGCUUACGUUUUCGACAGGAUGAUCUCAAUAGCGCUGCAGCGUCCAUUUGGGCUGGAUGAUCGAGACAUCGAUCUAGAAGAGCCCAUCAAUGUUGACAUAUUCUGCAUGGACCCGGCAGGACUGGAUGAGGCUCGUAGGACGAACUCCCAUCAAUUGACAUCGAUGAGCUUCGCGUUGCAUCAUCUGCGCAUAUACCGCUUCAAGUCACGAAUAUCACGGCUCUCAAGGCCUCAAGCAUUUGGGGCUUCCAACCAAGAGAUCCUGCAGUUGCUUGGCGAACUGGAUGACUGGAGAUUGGAAGUACCUACCAGAACCGAUGACCACUCGAUUCCCCAGCAGAACGAAGACCGGACGCAAGCGAUGUAUCUGCAGACGGCUCUAUUGUUGAUACGACCAGUGUUGUGCAGGGACAUCGUGGACCACGACCUGAUAGUUCGCUUUGCGACGAUCGCUGCAGAUGCUUGCGAGAAUGGCAAAGAAAUAUGUUUUCGAGCUCAGUCGCAUACCUCAGCCAUACAGAUGUACAACUCGUUCUACUGCGGGAUCACACUCCUCCAAUGCCUCGCUCUCAAGCCCGACGCUCUCCCUUUCAGACGGGUCCUACGAGCUAUCAAGGCUUGCUCCAAUACGCUUGCCGUCUACACUUCCUCGGUGGAUGCAGCGAGCACCCUCGCACGGCUAUUUGACAAGCUCUCUGACCAUCGUUUCAGCGAUGUGGACUCUUCCGUGAUCCGUCCUGGAAGCCCCAGCGCGAUCGUUUUCCUGCGCAAAGUCGCUUUCAGCGAUCCAUCUCAAGCUGAAAGCUUGCUGCAAGCUGUACCCGAUGAUGAAGACACAGUUGUAAGCGGAGCAGAAAACAUGGAUGCGCUAUUGACCCUGACUGAACCAAUGGGAGCAUCCCAAUGGCUCAAUUGGGAAGACCCAUUUGCAUCGUUCGAGUUCAAUGAUUUUGAGCUCUCAUAA